UCGCGGAAGCACGAACCGCGGUGUUUUGAAAAAGAGUCGAAAUUUGAAACUUUCGUCUGUUUCGUAACGCUACGCCGUCUUAACACGCUUAGGUUGUGUAUUAAGUGUGUGAGCAUUUAUGAAACACGACAUACGUUAUUAUAAAGACUUGAGGCCACUGCUGGGAACAAUUUAGGACUUUAACUUCGGAAAAAGUGAGAAGAGUAAACAAGCUAACGCUAGCCAGGGAUAGCUUGUUAGCCCGCUAACAUAACUAGCAUACAGUAGAAAGUUUGGAAAGAGUGAGUCGCUUUUCUGCACUCGAGAAAGACAGAAACGAGCAUGGCGGGGGUCUUUCGAGCGCCUGACGCUUUUUCGGGCGAUGAAGACGAUGACAAUGAUGCCAGCAGAGCCAGGGACGCGCUAAACACGACUUCAGAGGAGAGCCGUGUGAAGCAAACGACUCUGCAUCGGCUCGUGUCUCCGCAGCAGCGGUGUUGGAGGGAUACCCAGUGGCCAGCCCGUAUAUGCUCUAUGCUGUGUUGCCUGGUCAUUUUCUCCUUUAUUGCAGUGCUUGUCUCAUUUCUGUAUAUCAUUUUGAAAGAUCUGCGAGCUGAGAAAAUUACCACUGAAGAUGGGGCAGAAAUAAGACUUCUAGGGUUUUGGAGUAUGCUGGUUCUGUCCUCCUUGGCUGGAGUGCUGUGUUGCAGUUUCUCCUGGACUCUUACCUACUUUGACUCAUUUGAGCCUGGAAUGUUUCCUCCCACCCCACUUUCUCCAGCCAAACUCAGGAAAAUGACAGGCCACUCCUUUCACAUGGGCUACAGCAUGGCCAUUCUCAACGGCAUAGUGGCUGCACUCACUGUCAUCUGGUGCCUCACAUAAAAAAACCAUGCAAACUUUCGCUCCCUGACCGCUUCCUCACCUAAAUCAUCGCAUUAGCAUCAUUAGGAGCAGUAGCAUCAAGUGUUUAUGGUUAAUUAAAGAAAGGAAAACAUCAAGAUCAGUGGCGCUUAAUCCUGGUCCUGGAGCACCAGUGCCCUGCACAUUUCCUCUGCUCCCAGUACACCUGAUGCAACUAAUGAGCUAAUGAACAAGGCUUUGCUGAUGUGAAGUGCAUGUUAGAGCUUGAAGUGGGUGGUAGAACUUGAAAAACAACACAGCAUGCAGGGCUGCAGAACUCUAGGACCAGGAUUAAGAACCACUUUUCUAGAUUUAGUGUUACGUUGUACACUAAGGGGUUUAUUUUUUCCCUUUUGGUAAAUAUACAGUGUUACAACACAGUGCUAUUACUAUAAGUGUUAUAAUUUUUGAAAGUUUUGAAAGCACAGCCUGCAUAAUGCAACAGAUUUUUCUGUUUUCAAACAGCAAAUAAGCAUAGACAAACAGCCCAACCGGUAUAUCAGUUCGGCAGAAAUAUAGCCUAUAACAUGCUAUAUGUAAUUUAUGAUAAUUAUUUAUGGCAUGGCAGGGAUUCAAACUCACAAACUCCUGUGGGUAACCCCCUGUUUAAACUAUAGCACAGGAAUACAGGCUGAACUGAGUUUGAACACUAAACACCAUCAUAGUUAAAUUAACAAAAACAUGUAAAAUAUAAGCCUGGCAUGUAGCAUGAGAAUAAUGUGUUAUAACAGUUUUGUAGUGAAUUAACAAAGAAAAAUAAUCAGUAAUAAAUCACACAGAAUUCUGGUUAGCUCUGAUCACAGUGCUAUGAUAGUUAUGUUAACUAUGUUCUCAGACAACUUAAAACUGAUAAUCACAUCAAUCGGUAAAACACUAUAACUAAAGUACCGAAGUAUAAAAUUACAACAUAAUUUUUAUCAGUUUUAUCAGAAUUUUUUACAUGAAUUUUUAUCGGAAUUUUUUAUCAGCCACAAAAUGUUCAUAUCGGUUGGGCCCUAAUGUACAUUAAGUUUGCCAAAACUAUUUCUUUACAUGUACUAAAUGAAGUCCAAGAAAAAUCCUUGGUCUUUUCUAAGUGACACUGUUUUAUAAAAGUGAGAACAUUUUGUAUCUGGAAUCCUAAACUACAGCACAUUUUGAAUAGCUCAAAAGUUUUUAAGAGUUUAUGAAACACAUAAGGCAUAAUGGCCUUCAUCUAAGCUUAGCAGGCCUAUUACAUUGUUCUGGUUGAAACCAUAUUAGUAGAAAUGAUGUUUUCUUUGCCGUCUAAUUGUGUUUGUUUUUAAAAAGCGCUCUGCGCUCUCCUUUAAUUCAGUGAUGCAGCACUAAUUUUUUCCCACCACAAUAGCAGAGCAUUAGACUGUGCUUUUUGGCCUUUGAUCCGGGCCAUCAUUUGGUUGUCAGUGCAUUAACACAGCUACAGCUUAACUGCUUUAAGAUUAAUGAAAUGUGCAUUUUAAUGCUUCGACCUGGCAGAAAACAGGGCCUUUUAGAUUCUGCUUUAUUAAGGCACUAAGGCACCGAUUAGUUGAGCCUGGCAGUACGAUGGCUGUAAAGCAGGUGAUGGAGAGAGAUUUAAUGUAUUUCUUCAAUUGUUCGACUCCAGCAGGGCUUGAUUACUUUUUGUUCAAAACUAGAUUAGCAGGCCCUGUUGCAACUCAGGGUAGUUGACGCUAAUGCACUGCCCUGUAUCCUCAGUUCUCUCUUUUUCUUUUUUUUUUAGUCACACUGUCAAAGCAAUAGUGUGUGUGUGUGUGUGUGUGUGUGUGUGUGUGUGUGUGUGUGUGUUUUGAGAGUUGUUAUCUUUUUCUGUUCCUGUGUAGUUUCGAGGUAUUGCGCCUGUCAUGUAAGGAAGACAUGAAAUGACGUGCAUUCACAUCUUAAUCACUAAAAGAACAGACAUAUCAAAUCCAGGCCUCUAAUCAGUGUCUGUAUGACCUUGGGAAUGUAGCCGAAGGACUGCAUGCACAGUAGAGUGCAAAAGUCAGAGACCACCCUUCGUUUACUUCAUUUCCAGUGCAUGUUAUUAGUUUUUUGUAAGAUAUUUCUGAGAAGAUAAGAUAAUACAGAAGAUCUGUAUGCGAAAAGGGAACGUCAAAGCAAAAUAAAAAGGAAAAAAAAUAACCUCUGACUUCCAAAAUUAGUUUUGGAAUCCAACAUUUUUCCUGUAUUUUAUUUUUUUCUCUGAGGUCCAGUUAUGAAAUUUGUUAUUCGUUACAUGAGUGUAGAACUAUAUACUAGAUAUAGAGGAAAUGGGACUUGUGGAUUAAGUGAGGCAGAAAAUGUAACCAACUUCUAAGACUAAACAUUGGAGGUGUGAAACAAUAUCCCUGCAGAUUGCUUUGAGUAACUGAAAGCAAGUCUCCUGAAAAAGAUAGAGGCAAAGAAUGGACACAAAAAAAAAACGGAAAAGUUUGAUAUUAUAUUUAGUUCAGGCUUCUGUGUAAUUUUUUGUUAGAUAUUUUUUUCCUGACCCUGAAAAAUUACUGUGUGCUGGAUGUUUUGACUGAAUUUGCAAGAAAUGAACGGUGCUCUCUGGCUUUUGCACAGUACUGUAUUUAAUGUAACGUAAUGAAGUAUUGAGUCUGUGUUGUUUGCUGGUAGUGAGAAGUGUAUGCCUGAGGCAGACUCAAUCACUUUCACACCAGCUACACAAUCACACUCUCUGUCGGCCCUGAAACCAUCACAGAUUGAAUUCUGCUCUUAAAGGGGUAGUUCAGCGGAAAAUCACAUUUACACAUUUUUGCCCUUUCCUCCAAUAUAAUCGAUCGUAUGUGGUUUAUGACCCCAUAUGACAUAAUGUUAUCUUUGAAAAUAGACAAAAUGAUGUUGCGUAGCCAUGGUAGUAGCAGCCUGGAAGCCUGACUUAUUUUAUUGAAUAGGUAACUGUGUCUCAUACACUGUCAGGAACCACAUAAACAAGUCUAGUUGAAAUUUCUUAACAACUUCAUGCAUUUUGUGUGAUGCUAAUUGGCUGCUAAUUAGCCCUUGUGUGGUGUUGAUGUGUUUGUUACUCAGUGGUCUGGUGGACCCACCGCGUUAUUGUUUUUUUUAAUCAAUACAGCCAUAACAAUUUAUGUAAAAUA